GGUUGUGAAUUCAACCCAUUUUUCAAAUUCUUUUGCUUUCGUCUUAAAUCCAAAAGAAAGCUCAAUAUGGCAUCAUCUAUGUAUACUGAGCCCCCCCUAGCGCCAAUAAAUACGCUGAGAUUCAAGACUGGCAAGACAGAUUCAUUCACGAUUGAAACUUCUCAUAUGGCACUAAGCCAUAAAUCGUUCAUCCGCAGCUUUAACAGCAUAUAUCAACAAGCCCCACGCAUUCAAUCCCGUGUCGAUAAGAAAGAUUUUGAUACUGAAUUCUUCCCUGCUAUUGAAAAAGCAGCUGGUCACAAGGGCUUGAUGGACGGUGCUGUAGAUCAGCAUGCCGCUUUCCACGACGGCUUAGAACGUUUCAAGAGUUAUCUACAAGAAAAAAGGCCAAGCUUCUUAUCCGAAGAGCUCAUCCAAAUUAUGGAUUCUUUCUCUGAGCCAUUGUACAGCCAUCUAAAGGAAGAGCCUCAGAUCAUAGCCGAUCUCUCUCAGUACAACACUCCCGAAACACCUAUCGACAUCUUGGCCAUAGCCGCUGAAGCCGGCAAGAAACAAGUCAAUAUAUCCUUCCUUUUCAAUGUACUUCCCAUCUUCUUCUUGAAUAUGGAAAGUACUGAGAUUGAAAACGGAUUGUGGCAUACAUCUUUUCCUCCUGUCAACAAACCGAUCAAAUUGCUCAUGAUUAAAGGCGCUCCCAUGUGGCAGCAUUGUCUAUGGCGUUUUGCAAGUUGUACCCCUGAUGGUGAGUAUAGAAAUUUGGCAUUCUGAAUCGUCUGAUGAUCCGCCAUCAGACAUGGUUAUUGAGGAAGCUGGCCUGGGUUGUUAAAUUCCUUUUCACAGGAAUGAAUUACAUCAAUUCUGCGUUUGCCUGAAGCUCCA